GAAGAGACUUUGCAACAACUCUCCUAUAAGAAACUCACUUGAACUUGAAGGCUUUUUAAGAAGCUGAGUUUGCUUCUCACAUAUACACUCUUUACUCCGUGACCCAAAACAGCUAUCCUCAAAUUCUCUCUCUGUAAGAUAUCAAUAAGAGACUAACAGAGCUUCCAUUGAUCAAGUUGACAGAGAAAUUCUGCUUCUAUUUUGUCCAUUCUGCUUGGUUCAAAGAUAAAACUGUUGUCUACUUUGGGCCACAACAUUUGCAAUACAAUUAGUACCAGCAACUUGAUAUCCCUCAAAAUGGGCCUCUCAAGUCUCCCAGCACCAUCUGAAGGAAUGUUAUGUGUACUUCUAGUAAAUACUGCCUUGUCUAUAUCCUUAUUUAAAGCCAUUGUUAGGACAAUCCUACACGUUGUUGGUAUCCGUGUUUCAUCAUCCUCCUCCAUUUCAUCUCCACCACAAGAUAUCACUCAAAACCCACCAGAGUCAUUUGAAUUCCUUCUCAGUCCCUCAGAGGGUUUCCUUGAGGAGUUUAGAAGCAGGACACCAACACUUAGGUUUGACAGUGUGUGUAGCUAUAAACAACAUGAGCAUGAUUGUACUGUGUGUCUCACUCAGUUCGAACCAGAAUCAGAGAUAAACCGUUUGUCUUGUGGCCAUCUCUUCCAUAAAGUGUGCUUGGAGAAGUGGUUGGACUAUUGGAACAUUACAUGCCCACUUUGCAGGACUCCCUUAAUGCCUGAAGAUGACACAUCUUGCUUUUGGUAAAAGAGAGUUUUGUGUACAGUUAUAGCGUGUACAUAUUUUUUGUGAAAAUUUGGAUGUUCAUGGAUAUGACUUCUUCAUAUCCUUUUAACCCUUUGCCUUUUAUGCUGUAGAGCUUGUUGAGGGUUUUGUUUUAUUUUGGUUAAUUUUGUUUGUCCACAAUGCCCUCCUUGUUCAGAGCCUCAAAUUCCAUAUUGGGGGUUUGAUCCUGAUAUGGAAGCAGAUAUCAUAGAAACCCUUUUAUUUUUUUGCUGACACUGUCAUCACCUUAUAUAUAUAUAUAUAUAUAUAUAUAUAUAUAUAUAUAUAGAGAGAGAGAGGUAGGAUCUUUUGACACCGGUGUCAAAUUUUAAUUUUGACACCUCAUCUCAGAACCGUUAGAUAAAAAAAAAUCAAUGACUCUGAUUUGCAAGCAUGUGACACCAUUGAUCUAUCUUGAUCUGACGGUUCUGAGAUGAGGUGUCAAAAUUAAAAUUUGACACCAAUGUCAAAGGAUUCUACCUCAUAUAUAUAUAUAUAUAUAUAUAUAUAUAUAUAUAUAUAUAUAUAAAAUGUAAAUGUGAUGGGUUUGGCUAUAAGCUUAGGCUAUAUUACAAUAUCUUAUAGAGCACUAAAUGAGAUGUUU